CUGAGAAAAAGAAAAUCAGAAAUGGAGAUUCGAUAUCUCCUUCUCUUCUUUCUACUGACACUUUUGCUGUCCACCACAGUAAGUUCAAAUCCAUUGCCUUACUCUACUAAGCUAAACCGGAGUAGUUUUCCAGCUGGAUUUCUAUUUGGAGCUGGAUCAAGUGCUUACCAGUAUGAAGGAGCAGUAUUUGCGGACGGUAGGAAAACAAGUAUCUGGGAUACGUUUGUAAUUGAACAUCCAGAAAAAAUUUCAGAUCAUAGCACUGGGGAUGUAGCUGAUGAGUUCUAUUAUCUCUGUAAGGAAGAUAUUGGUCUGAUGAAAGAAAUCGGUUUAGACUCUUUCAGAUUCUCCAUCUCCUGGCCUAGAGUAAUACCUCAUGGAAAACUCAGUCGAGGAGUGAAUUGGAAAGGAGUAAAAUUCUACAAUGAUCUCAUCAAUGAGCUUCUAUCGAGCGGCAUAGAGCCCUUCAUCACAUUGUUCCACUGGGAUCUACCACAAGCGUUGGAAGAUGAAUAUGGUGGAUUUCUGAGCCCGGAGAUUGUGGAUGAUUUUCGGCACUAUGCUGAUUUCUGCUUCAAAGAAUUUGGUGAUCGAGUGAAGUACUGGAUCACUUUGAACGAGCCUAAUUUAUUUAGUAAAAACGGGUAUGCAACCGGAGAGUAUGCUCCCGGUCAUUGUUCCAACUAUAUCGGAAAUUGCACAGAAGGAAACUCCGGAACAGAACCCUAUUUAGUAACCCACCACCUGAUUCUUUCUCAUGCAGCUGCAGCAAAUUUAUACAGGCUCAAGUAUCAGGCUUCUCAAAAGGGAAUAAUUGGGCUAGCAAUGGACACCAGCUGGCAAGUACCUAAAUAUCAAACGGUUUCUUGCAAAAAAGCUGCCGUCCGAGCUCUUGAUUUUUAUUUUGGUUGGAUUGUCGAUCCUGUGACAUAUGGUGACUAUCCAAAGACCAUGAGAGAUUUAGUUGGGACCAGAUUGCCCUAUUUUACAGAUGAACAAUCUGUUUCAAUAAAAGGCUCCCUUGAUUUUCUUGGAGUGAAUUACUAUACUGCAAGGUAUGCAGAAGACUCCAACACUAGCAGCAUCCUUCUAAGUUACACAACAGAUAGCCAUGUUAACAAUACCGUUGAGAAAAAUGGUAUUCCAAUUGGUGAGCAGACAGGAGUUAGCUGGCUUUAUUCAUACCCCAGAGGAAUACAAGAAAGUGUAAUGUAUUUAAAGAAAAAGUACGACCUUCCCAUGUAUAUUACUGAGAAUGGAGUGGCAGACGUAAACAAUAGUUCAUUACCAGUAGAUGAAGCACUCAAAGAUAGGAGGAGGAUAAUAUACCACCAACUUCAUCUAUCAAAUCUCCUGCAAGCUAUCAAGAAGGGGGCUGACGUUAGGGGAUACUCUGUAUGGUCACUUCUUGAUGAUUUUGAAUGGAAAUCAGGCUAUACGGUUCGUUUUGGUUUCAUUUACGUGGAAUACACCAGAAAGCUAAAAAGAUACCUCAAACAUUCUGCUUUUUGGUAUAAAAAUUUUCUCCGAAAAGAAAAUACUGCCAUCAAUUGCUCUUCUAUGUUAUUCUCUGCAUGGUUGAACAUAUCCAAUAUCAUUGUACCUUUCCGGACAACUCUUGAGCUGCCGGCCAUUUGGAAAAUGAAAGUUCAAGUGCUUAAACAUCCUUUUGUGUAUUAUCUUCUAGCCUCCGUAUAUUUAUUAAUAUGUGGUAAAGGUGGUCUGAUGAUACCGGUUCUUAGCUCUACUGCGUUCAAUCGGAGUAGCUUUCCGGCAGAUUUUAUAUUCGGAGCUGGGUCGAGUGCUUAUCAGUAUGAAGGAGCAGCACAAUUAGGAGGCAGGAAACCGAGCAUAUGGGAUAUAUUCGCCAUUAAUCAGUCAGAAAAAAUUUUGGAUCACAGUAAUGGAAAUGUCGCUGACAAUUUUUAUGAGAAUUAUAAGGACGACAUUGCUUUGAUGAAGGAAGUUGGUCUGGACUCUUUCAGAUUCUCCUUAUCAUGGUCCAGAAUUUUACCUGAGGGAAAAAUUGACAGGGGAGUCAACCAGCAAGGUGUUGAUUUCUACAAUAAUCUCAUCAACGACCUCAUAAUAAAUGGCAUUAAGCCCUUUGUGACUCUAUUCCAUUGGGAUCUUCCACAAGCUCUCCAGGAUGAGUAUGGUGGAUUCUUGAGCUCUAAAGUUGUGGAUGAUUACGCUGACUAUGUGGAUUUUUGCUUCAAAGCAUUUGGAGAUAGAGUGAAGCACUGGAUCACUGUGAACGAGCCGAAUUUAUUUAGUUUGACUGGGUAUGCAACUGGUAAGGAUGCACCUGGUCGAUGUUCAAACUACAUUGGCAGCUGCCCAGAAGGAAACUCUGCUACCGAACCUUAUCUGGUGGCUCAUCACCUCCUUCUAUGUCAUGCAACAGCUGUCGAUUUGUAUAAGAAAAACUAUCAGGCAAGUCAGCAGGGCGUGAUUGGAAUUACAGUUUAUACAUGGUGGACAGUGCCUAAAUUCCAAACAGCUUCUUGUAAGAAGGCUGCCUCUAGAUCCUUUGACUUUUUUAUUGGAUGGUUUCUUCAUCCCAUCACGUAUGGAACUUACCCAGAGUGUAUGCAAGUUUUGGCAGGUGAUCGACUGCCCAAAUUCACAAAAUCAGAGUCUGAGCUGGUGAAAGGUUCCAUUGAUUUUGUUGCAGUAAAUUACUAUACAUCAUAUUAUGCAGAAGAUGUAACAUCCUAUAAUAGCAGCCAGCCAAGUUAUACCACGGACAGCCGAGUUAAUCUCACGUAUGAGAAAAAUGGGAUUCCCAUAGGUGAACCGACUUCUAGUAGCUGGCUUUACAUAUACCCAGAGGGCAUUCGGGAAGUCUUGGUACAUAUAAAGAAAAAAUACGACCCUCCUUAUAUUUACAUUACUGAGAAUGGAAUGGCCGAUGCAAAUAGCAGUUCAUGGCCAGUUUACAAAGCCAUUAAUGAUACUUUGCGGAUAAAAUACUAUUGUUUACAUCUUUCAUUUCUCUUAAAGGCCAUCAAGGAUGGAGUUGAUGUGAGAGGAUAUUAUGUGUGGUCCUUUCUGGAUAACUUCGAGUGGGAUUCUGGUUAUACUUAUCGGUUUGGAAUUACUUAUGUUGACUUCAAAAACGGCCUGAAAAGACAACUCAAAAACUCUGGUUUAUGGUUCAAAAACUUUCUUCAAAAGGAAGCUAACGUUUCCACAAACACAGCUUCUUUAUUGUACUCCGAUCAGUGAUGUUCCAUGAUUUUAAUUAGAAAUGCUUAUUAGAA